AUGGAUAAGUCAUGGAUGCACUCGGAUAGAAGAUCGAAGGCAUAUGAGGAUCACUUAUACUUUAAUGGAGUUGACCAAAGCUAUAAGAAUUGGACAUUUCACGGAGAACCUUGGGAAGCAGCUACUAAUGCUAGUAGAAAUGUUGAAGAAGAUGAUGACCAUAGUAGGUACAGUUUUGUGUCUGAAGAAAUAGAGAUGGAUGAUAAUGAUUUUGGUGAUUUUGGAUCUGAUCCUUAUGAGUUUGCCAAUGUGAUUGGGGAUGGAGAUCAACCAUUGUACCCUGGUUGUAGAAAGUACACGAAGUUAUCGGCAUUAGUGAAGUUGUAUAAUUUGAAGGCAAAAUAUGGGAUGAGUGAUGUCUGUUUUACAGAAUUAUUGAUACUUCAAGGCGAUUUGCUUCCAGAAGGAAAUACAAUACCGGCCUCUAUGUAUGAGGCAAAAAAGACUUUGUGUGCAUUGGGGCUGAGUUAUGAGAAAAUGCACGCAUGCCCCAAUGAUUGCAUCUUGUAUAGGAAGGAGUAUGAGGAUUUAACUCAUUGUCCUAAUUGUGGUAUCUCAAGGUGGAAGGAAGGCAAAGAUUCAAUCUUGAAAGAGGGUGUGCCAGCGAAGCCCGGAAAUGAUAUAGACGUCUACUUGGAGCCUUUGAUUGAUGAUUUAAAAUCUUUGUGGGAUGGGAUUGGAGGAGUGUAUGAUGCACAUAAUGGAGAAUACUUUACACUCAGAGCUGCAUUAAUGUGGACAAUUAAUGAUUUCCCCGCCUAUGGAAACUUAUCUGGUUGUGUUGUUAAAGGAUAUAAAGCUUGUCCAAUAUGCGGCGAUGAUACACCUAGUCACAGGUUGAAAAAUGGCCACAAAAUUUGUUACAUUGGGCAUAGAAAAUGGUUACCGAUCAAUCAUCCAUAUAGGAGGCAACGUGCAGCUUUUAAUGCGAAACCUGAAUAUGGCACGCAUCCUGAGCCAUUAACCGGAGAAGAAGUGCUGCAUAUGGUUGAAGAUGGUGACAGAGUUUGUUGGAAGAAGAAAUCAAUAUUCUUUGAUCUCGAGUAUUGGAAAUACCUUCCUGUGAGGCAUGUCCUAGAUGUUAUGCACAUUGAGAAGAAUGUUUGCGAUAGUAUCAUUGGUACAUUGCUGGAGAUCCCUGGAAAAAAUAAAGAUGGAAUUGCUGCUCGAUUAGAUUUAUUGAACAUGGGGGUCAAAACUGAUUUGCAACCCGAGUAUGGAGAAAGACGUACUCGUUUGCCUCCCGGGCCUUGGAAUUUGUCAAGAGCAGAGAAGAGAGAGGUUUGCAAUUCUUUCUAUGGUAUGAAGGUCCCUGAAGGUUAUUCUUCAAAUAUAAAAAAUCUUGUAUCUUUACAAGAUUCAAGACUUCUUGGCCUUAAAUCACAUGAUUGUCAUACCUUAAUGCAACAAUUGCUCCCUGUGGCAAUUCGUUCUGUUUUGGAGAAGCCUGCAAGGUAUGCAAUAACUCGUUUGUGCUUCUUCUUCAAUGCUAUAUGUGCAAAGACUGUUGAUGUUUCCAAGCUAGAUAAGUUGGAAGAAGAUGUAGUAGUUACUUUGUGUUUGCUUGAGAAGUACUUUCCCCCUUCAUUCUUUGAUAUCAUGGUUCAUCUAGUAGUACAUCUUGUCAGAGAAAAUCGUACUCGUCCCGAAGGUUGCAUUGCUGAGCGGUAUAUAGCUGAAGAAGCUGUAGAGUUUUGUACCGAGCAUUUAUCUGAAAGAAAACUGCGUCUUAUCAUUGAGAUCAUCAGCAUUCAAUUGCAUUCGCUCUUCCAAGGACACCUUCGCAGCCUCCUGAUCCUCCAGAUCAGGGACGUUCGCAGUUGUUCUCAUCCGCGUCGUUCUCCUUGGCCUGUUCUGCGAGCCUUCGACUCUUCCUUUAUGCCUUCCUCUUUCUCUUGUGGGAGGUCUCGUGUCAGGGGCCGGAUAAAGCUGGAGCUCCAACCCAUUUGA